AUGGAGGCGUACAUAGUUUUUCUGUUGAUAACUGCAACUUUAGCUGUACCAUACGAAAAACAAAACAUUCCUGCAAAUGCACCUGGAAUUGGCUUCAGAAAUGCAAGAAAUGACAGUGGAAUUCAUUUUGGUUUCAAUGCUACUGGACCAUCAAAUAAUACAUUAGACCAAGGCUUUGGAACCGCUUUUUCCGGUGAUGGCUGUCCAACUGGCAAAGCUAAAGUCCAUGGCGUUUGUGCUACAGUGGAUUAA